AUGGACCGAGGCAGCCUCCUGCCCUUCCAGCUGUGGUGCCCCCGGCCCUUCGGCACCUACUCACAGAACCAGCCUCGCCCGCCUACUGCAGCCCUCAAGCCGGCGGCCUGCCCAGAGCCCGGCAGCGGGGCUGAGCCAGACCACGGGGCUGCCCACUCCGAGAACACCCCGCCCACCUUGGCCACAGAGGCCCCUGCCUCCCAGCCGGCCCCGCUCCUCUCAGCAGCUGCUGCUGGUGAUGAGGGGCGAGUCCUGUUGGACACGUGGUACGUCAUCAAGCCCGGGAAUACAAAGGAGAAGGUGGCCUUCUUUGUGGCCCACCAGUGUGGUGGGGGCAGCCGGGCCAGCUCCAUGAAGGUCAAGGGGCACUGGGGCAGUGACAGCUCCAAGGCCAAGCGGAGGAGGCGCUGUCUUGAGCCUACAAAGGCUCCCCCGGACCCAGGGGGCCCAGAGGUGCCCCCUGCCGCUGAGGGGGCCCCAGCCUCGGCUGGCGAGGACGUCGACCUGCUCUCUGUGGCUGAGAUGGUGGCGCUGGUGGAACAGCGGGCCGCCCUGGCCCUGCAGAACUACCCACGCCCCGGCACCCCAGCACCUGUGGUCUUCGUGUCAGCCGAGCAGGGCGGGCCUGCCAAGGGGCUGGGGUCCGAGCGACGGUCCGGUGGUGGGGACUGCAGCCGGGUAGCUGAGGCGGUGGCCCACUUCGAGGCCCAGCGGGACAGCCCUCCAGCCAAAGGCCUCCGCAAAGAGGAGCGGCCUGGGCCAGGCCCCGGGGAGGUACGCAUCGCCUUCCGUAUCUCCAAUGGCCGAGAGCCCCGCGCCCCCGACGGCAGCUUGCCCAACGGGAGCGGGGGCCGGCCCGGUUGUGCCUACCCCGGCAGCCCAGGCCCCGGGGCCCGGGCCAAGGACAAGAUCACCUGCGACCUGUACCAGCUCAUCAGCCCCUCCCGGGAUGCCCUCCCCAGCAAUGUGGAGUUCCUUCUGGCUCGGGCGGAUGAGGCCAGUGAGGGGGAGACACCGGUCCCUGCCAGGCCUGAGGACACUCCCCCAGCCCCCCCUCCGCCCCCUGCCCGGGACUGCGGAGCAUCGGGCUUCCACGUGGAUGUGGUGGUGACAGGGGUGGUGGACGAGUGCAUCUUCUUUGGCAAGGACGGCACCAAGAACGUGAAAGAGGAGACGGUGUGCCUGACGGUCAGCCCCGAGGAGCCACCCCCACCAGGCCAGCUCUUCUUCCUCCAGUCCCGCGGCCCUGACGGGCCCCCUGAGCCACCCCCGGCCGACUCCCCGGCCACCGCGCCAGGCCCGGACGAUGCCGAGGGCACAGCAGACACAUCCCUGUGCCGCCUCUACCGGCACGUGUCCCACGACUUCCUGGAGAUUCGCUUCAAGAUUCAGCGGCUGCUGGAGCCGCGACAGUACAUGCUGCUGCUGCCCGAGCAUGUGCUGGUGAAGAUCUUCAGUUUCCUGCCCACGCGGGCCCUGGCGGCCCUCAAGUGCACCUGCCACCACUUCAAGGGCAUCAUCGAGGCAUUCGGCGUGCGGGCCACAGACUCGCGCUGGAGCCGCGACCCGCUCUAUCGCGAUGACCCUUGCAAGCAGUGCCGCAAGAGAUACGAGAAGGGGGACGUGUCGCUCUGCCGCUGGCACCCCAAGCCCUACCACCACGACCUGCCUUAUGGACGUUCCUACUGGAUGUGCUGCCGCCGAGCCGACCGCGAGACGCCCGGCUGCCGCCUGGGUCUGCACGAUAACAACUGGGUGCUGCCCUGCAAUGGGCCGGGCGGCGGCGGCAGCGGGGCCGAGGGCCAGGACUGGGUCACCAGCCCGUACCCCCAGUCCAGGCAGCGUUGA